AUGGCCCCUGAGUUCUCUCACUACUCUCAGCUGCAGCUGCUAGCUAGCUCUCUAGCUCUCAUGGCAACUAGGUUAAUAAGCAGCUGCUUUCUCCUUACCUCCCUAGCAAUCUUUCCGAGCCUUCUCCUUCCAACCAGCUGCAACGGAGGAGCGAAGCCUGGGGCUGCGCCGCCGCCGGAGAAAAACCAUGCAGCAUUCUUCAUCUUCGGGGACUCGCUGCUGGACGCCGGGAACAACCAGUUCCUCAACGGCACCGAGAUGGGCAAGGCGGCAUCCUCCUGGCCUUACGGCGAAACCUUCUUCAGAGGCCCCACCGGCCGGAGCUCCGAUGGCCGUCUGAUCCCCGACUUCAUUGCUGAAUAUGCAAAUUUGCCGCUGAUUCCACCAUAUCUGAACCCGAAGGUGAAGAAAUAUACUGAUGGAGUGAACUUUGCCAGCGCUGGGGCUGGUGUUCUUCGGGAGACUAGCCCAUCAACGAUGGACCUUGGAAAGCAGCUGAACUGUUUCAAGAAGGCGGAGAAGCAAUUGAGGAAGCAGCUGGGCGAUGCAAAAAUAGAGAAGCUGCUGUCGAAUGCUGUUUACAUGUUUGGGAUGGGAGGCAACGAUUACAUGGCAUUCCUCGACACAUUAACCACUCCUCCUCACUCCGAUGUCACCAAGUCCCCUUUGGCAAGAAAAUAUGUCGAAAUGGUUCUUGGCAACCUCACCUUCGUCAUCGCAGACGUGUAUAAAAUGGGAGGCAGGAAAUUUGUGAUUCAGAACGUGGCCCCGUUGGGGUGCAUUCCGGGGGUCAAAGCCAGUCUAUUGCCGGCGGAAGAAGAAGGCGGCGACGACGGCGGCGGCAGCAGGGACAAAAGCAGUAAGAGGGAGAAAUGCGCGAAGGGGCCUUCAUGGCUCGCCAGAAUGCACAACGAUGCCCUAUCAAAACUGCUCCACAAACUCGCCUCGAAGUUGCCCCAAUUCAAAUACGUCCUCUUCGACUACUACAGCAACCUCGCCGUUAGAACACUUUACGGCAAAAAAUUUGGUUUCGAGGUAGGGGAGAGUGCAUGCUGUGGGAGCGGGCCAUACAGAGGAGAAGCGACGUGUGGCGGGCAUCCGCCGCCGAAGAAAGGGAAGCAGUCGUCGCAAAAGGGAGGAGGAAAAGCAGUGAAGUAUGAGUUGUGCCAGGAUCCGAAGAAGUAUGUGUGGUUUGAUGCAGCUCAUCCCACAGAGCAAACUAACAGCCAGCUUGCUCAAAUUCUGUGGUCCGGAUCUCCUCCUGACGUUGUGCCUCACAGUCUCAAGCCUCUGUUUCAAUGUGAUGAUGAUCACCAUUAAUUACCAUUAAUUAAUUAAUUAAUAUGUAUUUUGUGAUCCAGCAUUUGAUCAAUGGACUCGCGUUAUCCACGUCUGUCAUCAUCAUCUAUCUGUUCCAUGCAUUAACUACCACAUUUGUUUUAAUUCAUGGCAAGCUAGCUAGUAGCUAGCUGCUCUGACUCUGAAUUUUGUUCAAUCUCAUCACAAUAAAUAAAAUGUUUGUUUUUCUUU